AUGGUGACCCACGAGGCCCACUUGUCACUCAUGAUCCUGUCGGCAGCCUCUGCGGCCCCCCCUGCCACCUGUCGGCCGUGGGGGCGGUUCCGGCUGAAUGGGCUGCGGCGGCCGGGCGACGUGGUUUUCGGGGGCCUUUUUGAGGUGCACUUCCUCACCGUGUUCCCGGAGCUGUCCUUCACCUCGGAGCCAGAGCAACCCAGAUGCGAGCGGCUGGACCCUGCCGGUUUCCAGGUUGCUCAGACCAUGGCUUUCGCAAUCGAGGAGAUCAACCGGGACCCGAAUUUCCUGCCCAACAUCACCCUAGGUUACGAUCUCUAUGACAACUGCGUGAAGCUGGGCGUGGCUUUCCGGGCCGCGAUGGCGCUGGUCAGCGGCGCCGGGGAGACGUUCCCGGAAACGGGCUGCGCGGGCUCGCCGCCAGUGCUGGGCAUCGUGGGGGACCCUGGCUCCACCCACUCCAUCGCCAUCUCCAGGGUGCUGGGUCUGUUCCGUGUGCCUCUGGUGAGUUAUUUCGCAACCUGCUCGUGUCUAAGCAACAGGAGGGAGUACCCAUCCUUCUUCAGGACCAUCCCCAGCGACGCCUUCCAGGUCAGAGCCAUGGUGCAGAUCCUGCAGAGGUAUAACUGGACCUGGGUAGGCCUGGUGGUCAGCGAUGACGACUAUGGGCUGUAUGCAGCCCGGGCUUUCCGUGAGGAAGUGGCCCGCUUUGGCUGUGUGGCGUUCCAUGAGACUCUGCCACGGGACAACAGCCGGGUCGAGGUGAAGCGGAUUGUGGCGGUUGUGUUGCAGUCCACGGCACGUGUGAUCGUGGUCUUCUCCACGGAGGCCUACUUGCUGCCACUAGCCGAGGAGCUGGUCGUGCAGCGGGUGACGGGGCGCCAGUGGAUCGCCAGCGAGGCCUGGGCCACCUCGCCCGUCUUCCACACCCCACAACUGCUGCCCUUCCUGGGCGGGACACUGGGCAUCGCCAUCCGCCGUGGUGAGAUCCCGGGGCUCCGCGACUUCCUGCUCCGCCUCCAUCCUGAUGGCACCCCAGACAACAACAUGGUGGACAUGUUCUGGGAGGAGGUGUUCAGUUGCAGGUUCGAGCGAAGCAGAGUGGCCGGCGGGCGCGUCUGCACGGGACAGGAGGACCUGGCGAGCAUAGAAACGGCGUACAGUGACGUGUCAGACCUCAGGGCGCCGUACAAUGUGUACAAAGCCGUGUAUGCACUAGCGCACGCGCUACACGACCUGCUGCGCUGCGAGCCGGGGAGGGGGCCCUUUGCAGGACAUGCCUGCGCUCAGCUGAACACUUUACAGCCCUGGCAGCUGGCGUACUAUUUGGAGAGGGUGAACUUCACCACACGCUUUGGGGACAGAGUCUCAUUUGACGAGAAUGGAGACGCCCUGGCCAUCUACGACGUGAUGAACUGGCAAAAGGGUCCUGAUGGGGCCAUUAAGCUUGUCACCGUCGGUGUCUUUGACGAGUCCUCCCCUGAGGGCCAGACGCUCAGGCUGGCCGAGGACAAAAUCUUUUGGAAUUUUGAAAUGAACACGGCACCAAGAUCGGUCUGCAGUGAAUCUUGCCCCCCAGGGACAAGGUUAGCCAUCAGGAAGGGUGAACCAGUCUGCUGCUUCGACUGCCUGCCCUGCGCAGACGGCGAGAUCAGCAACACCACAGACUCCAGCGAGUGCUUCAGGUGUCCUUCGGACUUCUGGUCCAACAGAGAGCGAGACCGCUGUCUGCCGAAGCCCAUCGAGUUCCUGUCCUUCGGGGAGCCCCUGGGGGUGUGCCUGACCGCCGCCUCGCUGCUGGGGGCGUGCGUGUGCAUGGCCGUGCUCUCUGUAUUCGCUCGGCACCGUCACACGCCUGUAGUGCGCGCCAACAACUCGGAGCUGAGCUUCCUGCUGCUGGCGUCGCUGGCGCUCUGCUUCCUCUGCGCCCUGCUCUUCAUCGGCCGGCCGCAGGACUGGACCUGCCGACUGCGCCACGUGGUCUUCGGCCUGGCCUUCGCCCUCUGCAUCUCCUGCAUCCUGGUCAAGACCAUCGUAGUGGUCAUGGCGUUUCGCGCCACGCUGCCGGGCGGCGACCUCAUGAAGUGGUUUGGAGCAGCACAGCAGAGAGGGACUGUGGUGAUCUGCACUGCUGUCCAGGCAACCAUCUGCAUGGCGUGGCUCAUCACCACUCCCCCAGUACCUUUCAAAAACACGCGGUACCAGAACUCCCGGAUCAUCUUCGAGUGUGCCGUGGGUUCAGUGUCGGGCUUUGGCUGCGUCCUGGGCUACAUCGGUCUUCUAGCCGCCGUCUGCUUCCUGCUGGCCUUCCUGGCCAGGAAGCUGCCCGACAACUUCAACGAGGCCAAAUUCAUCACCUUCAGCAUGAUCAUCUUCUGCGCCGUCUGGAUCACCUUCGUGCCCGCCUACGUCAGCUCGCCGGGGAAGUACUCAGACGCUGUGGAGGUCUUCGCCAUCCUGGCCUCCAGCUUUGGCCUCUUAGUGGCCAUAUUCAUGCCAAAGUGCUACAUCAUCCUGCUUCAUCCUGAGGAGAACACCAAGAAAGCCAUGAUGAGUCGAGCUCCUCACAAGAAGUAG